AUCAUCCAUACCAUCAUCUAUACCAUGCCUAAGGGUAGCCUCAGCCUCAACUGCACCGGCACCGCCCUCCCUCCCACGGCGCCCUCGUAUCCUUAUAAAGAGGACUUCACUUUCAGCAACAUCACUCUAGCUAGCGUUAGCUACCGUGUUACUGCAGAGUCAGUUGCACAUGUCGUACCCGAUAUCUUCGAACUUGAGGACGAACCUCUGGUGACCACCGUAUUUAUCGAAUAUGGCAUGAGCACCGUGGGCCAGUAUACCGAGACUGGCACUUUGGUCGAGGUUACCUAUAAGGGGGAGAAGUUUGACUUUUCCACUCAGCUGAUACUCGACAACGAAGCCGCCAUCUUCGCGGGCCGUGAGGUCUUUGGCUACCCCAAGGUGUUUGGCAAUGUCCAGUUCGCGAACAAACCUGGUGCCAUCAUUUCUGCUUACGCUGAGCGGCCAGCCGGGCGGAAGGUCGUCGAGUUCGACUUCACCCCGGAACGCCAGCUCUCCGAACUCCCCAAAAGCGACAAGCGCCAGAUAAAUCUGCGCCUUAUCCCGUCCCCCGUUGUGGGUGCAGUCCAUACUGUAAAGGAUCUUGUCCCAGCUAUAAUGGCAUUCAAGUCGUCGGAGGUUUGGACUGGAACCGGCUCGAUUCAUUUUCCUAGAAAGUCCGCGAUCGAUAAGUGGGCAGACGUGGAUAUCCUGAAGUACGAAGGGGCUUUCUUGGCUCGGAAUGCUACUGCCACUCUGUAUGGUUUUGAACCUCUCGAACUGUAG